AUGCGUCUUUAUAAGUGUGAAGAUGAUAAGGCUAAUCUAAUGGUAUCGGAAGCAUCUGUUAGUAGAAAUCGCAGUACUAUUAUUGUUCCUGCUGGAAGUUCUCGGGACGAAGGGUGGACAGCAUUCAGAAACAUUCUGGCAGAAAUUAAUGAAGCAUCGCGGCUUUUCAUAUUGCCCAAUCAGCAAAGUUCUGAACCUUCAGAGCGUCUUGUUGGGCUUUCAGAUGAUGUUGGGGCUGGCUUCAUUUCUGGCCAUAGUAGCCAACCUGCCUCUGCUUCUGAACUGAAUGUUGACAGGUCGGUUGACUUGCCGGCACAAGAUGAAAUAGGUAACAUGGGGGUUUCAAAAGUAAUCAGAGCCGAUCAGAAGAGAUUCUUCUUUGAUUUAGGGAGCAACAACAGGGGUCACUUCCUGAGGAUAUCUGAGGUGAAAAACGGAGGAUAUAUAUAUUUAUUUAUCUAAAUUGGCGAGUUAAAAUAAACUGUUAAUGUUGUUUGCAAAUAUUAAUCAAAUUUAUUUGAAUUGGACUGGGGUCAAACUUGCUCUGCCCAGCAAAUUAAUGAAAAGUUAAAUUAUGAUAUUUCAA